CAUUUCAGAUGGUGCUUAAACUUGCCAUGUUUAUUAGAAAGGACUAAAAAUUUCUGUUUUUAACUUAUUUUACAAAGAAAUCUCAAGCUUUUUUUUUCUUCUCUUGAAGGUGUGGUCAAUCAUUCAAAUAUAUAUAAUUGAGGAACAACAAUGGCCGGUGCUAGCUGAGUAUAGAAAGCCUCAAAGAUUGAGCGAUGAGCAAUUUGCGUACAGUGGAUCUACACUGUGGCAUCUGCGUGCAAGACAAGCCAAUAUCUGAUUUUAUCUUCAUCAAUGGCUGCUCUCAUAGGUACUGCUCGAAGUGCAUUGGCACGUAUGUUUCUAUGAAGAUAAGAAAUAAUAUGGCAAAGAUUGCUUGCCCUCAACCUGGAUGCAAAGAUGGUAGUUUGGAACCUGAAUUGUGCAAGCCUGUUCUUGCGCGCGAGUUGUUCGAUCGUUGGUCGAAUGCUUUGAUCAAAGAUAAGCUUUAUUGCCCGUAUAAAGAUUGCUCUGCUCUUCUGAUUACUGAUAUUUGGAAGGAUAAGGAAGGAUGCCCAUACUGCAAUCGCUUUUUCUGUUUUAAAUGCAAGUCGCCAUGGCAUCCGGAGCUGACCUGUGAGGAUUUUAAGAAGCUUGGGAAGAACGAGAUAGACAUGGAAGACUUGAUGCUUAUGGAAUUGGCAAAGAGGCAGGGCUGGAAGAGGUGCCCAUUUUGCCGCUUUUAUGUGGAGAAAGUGUCAGGUUGCUUAUCGUUGAAGUGCAGGUGUGGCCAUGUAUUCUGCUAUAAUUGUGGAACAACAAUGACGGAGGAUCACUACUGUGCAGCAUGCGGACACUAAGUUGAUCAUAAGCCUCCAUCGAAUAGAAAGAUUACGGUAUUGGCAUAUGCUUAUUUAUGUUGAUGUUCAACAUUGAAAAGGAAGUUUCCAAUCGCCAUAGAUGAUUUUGCAGCAUGCUAUACUUGUUUUCAGUCUGUAAUGACAUUACAAAUGUUAUGUUAUGGGCUUUAAUGUUGCAGAAGUAGACUGAAUUGAUUGCAUUUCUGUUUGUCUUCGAACUUGGAUUGGCUUGUUUGCUACAAUUUGGGUUUCAGAGAAAUUAAGAACACAAAUUGAGGC